GAUCGUUGUGUGAGAUACCGUUCCUAGUGGUUUUACAAAAAUUUCCAAUUGUUUUUCGUAAUCAUGAUUGUGGAUGCUUCUCCGUUUGUACAAACUCUACUGGGCACUGGUUUGACUUGGUUUGUAACUGCGAUUGGCUCUGUAUUUUGUUUUAUUGUUUCUGGUUUUUCGAUGAAUAUAAAGCAUCAGAUUCUUGAUGGCAGUUUGGGUUUCUCAUCUGGAAUUUUAUUGAAAUAAUGAACUGAUCAAAGUUAGACCUCCAUUCAAAAGCUGGAAGCACCGAACCGUCGUUUCGUCCAAGUAUGCGACUCAUCAGUAGUGUGUAUUCAAGAGCCUACUACCUGCAAUCGAUCCCAGGACUUUAGUUAAACAAAGAUGGUAAAUAUUAGACUAAGACUGUUAUGGAAUUUUAAGAGAGGUACUAAAGGUUGGUCAGACUGCUAUAAUACUUAUUUGUGCCUACUAUCCAGCAUGCAUUAGCUUUUUUAUCUGUAUGUAAAUUUUCAAAGUUUUAUAGGUUAUUCUUAAUGUAAUGCUUGGAACUGUUUUUGGAUUCGGCCGAACAAGAAAGUUUUCAUUAAAAUUAUUAUGCUAAAAAACCCCUAGGCUUGACUACCUUAUGGUUGACAAUAAUGUUGCAUUUAUCAUUUUAAUUUUGCAUCAAUAGAUUAUGUUAGCUGCAUCAUUCUGGUCCCUGUUAGAGCCAGCAUUGGACAUGGCUAAAAUUGACUUAGGUUUAGGUGCGUAUUGUGUCUUCCCAGUUAUAUGUGGAUUGAUCUUCGGUGCAGUUUUUAUUGGAUUAGUAGAUACUUUUUUGCCUACACAGUGGUUCGAACCAGCAUCUGUGGCAAGUAAUGAUUCUUUUCAUUACUCAGUUCCUAAACCAAGCUCUGAUAUUGAUAAUUCUUUAAAGCAACGUAACUGUUUGAUAAAUGAUUGUUUGGAAUCCAAUAUCAGGCACCGUUCUGAAAACUCCUUGCAAGCCUAUUCGUCGUCUUCAUCAUUAGAGACUAAUAAUAAAGAGCCAAAAAUUCCAAAAGUAGUAAUAACACGUCGCUUAUGGUUGUUAAUCAUAGCGAUUACAGUACAUAAUAUACCUGAAGGUUUAGCAGUCGGUAUUGCAUUUGGUGGACUUGGAAAGUAUUCAAGAGUUACUUUUUCUCAAGCAUGUAAUCUGGCGAUUGGGAUUGCUAUUCAAAACUUUCCUGAAGGUUUGGCUGUCAGUUUACCGUUAUAUUCAGCUGAUUAUGGAUUUUUGACUAGUUUUUGGUAUGGACAGUUAUCUGGUCUUGUUGAACCCUUGGCUGGACUUGUCGGAUGUCUGGCUGUACAUUUCUUCCGACAACUUCAGCCUUAUGCGUUAGGUUUUGCUGCGGGAGCUAUGUUAUUCGUUGUAGUUGAUGAAAUUAUUCCUGAAUCACAGUCCAGAGGUCAUGGCCGAUUAUCAUCAAUUAUGGCACUUAUCGGUUUCGCCACCAUGAUGUGUUUAGAAGUGGUCACGGAAACGGCUUGAUGAAAAUGAUUGUUUCUUGUCGCUGGGUGCUGGAAUUUCUCGCUUUACAUCUGGAAAGCCUGCUUUUUACUGAGUACGACUGUCUUGUGAUAUUACAAAGGCAAAAGCAUCUAACGUUUUUAAGAUAAAUAAUCUCUUUUUAUAUGCACAUAUCAAUAUUUUCACGGGUGUUAUUACUUCUAGUUCACUAUUUUCUUGCUACUAUUGUAUUCCUGAUAAUUUUGGUACAAAAACAGAUGGAAAAAGUGGUUCAAAUAGUUUUUCUGUUUUAUUAUGAAUUUGUAUUUUAGCUUUUGUUCUUUAAUAUUUUCUGAUACUAAUGUUUUAUUAUUUGUUUUAAUGAGAUUAUACAUUAUUUUGACCUAUAUCGGCUUAUCGUGCUUUGAAAGUAUGUUAAUCACGUCUUAUUUUCUUAUAUUCAUGUGGAAUAAAUGGUUUUAGAUCC